AUGCUGCGUGGUCCUGUGAGGUUGGUUGUGGUCUUGUGUGUGCUGGCCUGCGCGGCUGGCGGUGUGGCGAGGACCUCUCAGCCCAACAUUGUGUUGAUCAUCGGCGAUGACGUUGGCUGGGCAAACACGGAGCUGCACUGCAACAUCUCCGACCCCGCACAGGUUUGCUCGGAUGUGAAGACACCAUUUCUCCUGCAGCUCAAGGAUGAAGGCGUUCACCUCCUUCGGCACUACGCCUACAAGUUCUGCUCUCCCACCCGUAGCGCGCUGAUGUCUGGCCGCCUGCCCAUUCAUGUGAAUGAGGUCAACCCAACGUACAUCAAGGGGGGCGGUGUCUCCCUCAACUUCACCAUGCUUCCAGAGAAGCUCUCCCGUGUCGGCUAUGCAACCCACCACGUCGGAAAAUGGCAUCUUGGAAUGUCCUCGCACAGCCGCGUCCCCACGGGCCGUGGCUUUGAUUCCUCGCUCGGAUAUCUGCUUGGCGCUGAGGAUCACUGGAAACAGACUGUCACGCAAGGGAACGCGACGGGCGUCGACCUGUGGCUCAACGAGGGCCCCGCGUAUUUGCGCAACAACGAAUAUGGAGACCUGCUGUUUGGGCGGCGGGCUGUCGAGGUCAUCCACGACCACGCAAAGAACCACCGUGACUCUCCGCUCUUCCUCUACGUCGGCCUCCAGGUCAACCACUCGCCCGCUGAAGUGCCAAAGGAGUACCAAGACCGCUACCCUGGCAUCCAAGUGGAUCGGGCGAUUGUGAACGGCAUGAGUAGCGUCAUGGACGAUGCCAUUGGCAAGAUCACCACCGCCCUCUGGGAGACGACCAUGUGGGAGGACACGCUCGUGGUGUACAUCUCCGACAAUGGUGGUGCGUCGGGAAUCAACGCAAACAACGGCAACAACUACCCGCUCAGAGGCGGAAAGCACACGGACUUUGAGGGCGGUGUGCGCACGGCGGCGCUUGUCAGUGGCGGGUUUCUUCCCGACGACCAGAGGGGCUCCACCAGAGACGGCUACAUGCACGCGUGCGAUUGGUACACGACGCUUGCCAAGCUGGCUGGUGCCUCUCCCGCAGAUGACGUUGAGGGCCUGCCCGGUGUUGACGGUAUGGAUAUGUGGCCCAUGAUUGCAAACAACGAAAAGAGCCCACGUCACGAGGUUCCGCUCGCGUCCUCGCUGAGUGGAGAGAAUGUGGGCGAUGGCGGAUUGAUUGUCGGCGAUUACAAGAUUGUUGUUGGCGGCCAGCGUGGCAUUGGCUUCUGGACAGGUCCGCUGUACCCGAACGGCACCGCCAACCAACCGGGGAGCGCGUACGGAUGUCCGUACGGCUGCCUCUUCAACAUCAAGGAAGACCCAACAGAGCACCACGACAUCAAGUUUGAUAACCUGGACCUGUUCUGGAAGCUGAAGGAUCGGCUGUCCAAGCUUGCGUCCACCGCAUACCAAACAGGUGAGGACAGCGAGGGCGACUGCGAAGACCCGGCACACGUGAUGGAGACGCGGUACCACGGGUUCUGGGGACCGUUCUGCCACCUCCCGCCGUUCGAAUGA